AUGGAAGCUCCACCGGAGGCAUCAAAGCCGGCAGAUGCUAAACCGGUGAAGCCUCGACCAUCUGCACCCACUGCCAGGAUUGCGUCUUCGUCAGUCAAGAAGCGGACUGAUGGUCUUACCUCGGCACAGUUGAAUGUGUCCCGGUCUUCGUUGAUGAAGCCUACCUCUACCGUCACCGCUGGUUCGGUGCAGAGAAGAAGCAGCACCGGAACUGCCGGGAAGCAACAGGAGAAUGGGAGCUCAGUUGUUGCUAAGAAGGUUAGUCCUUCGCUGUCGGAUGCGGCCAAGAGGAGUAAACCGGUGUCAGUCCCCACUGUUAGUUCCAGACCUUCACUGGAGAAGAGGACAUCUUUGGUGUCUGAGAGGACCAAGGUAGAUUCGGUGAAGAAGCCUUCUGUUAAGGCAUCGCCAACUUCAACACUGAACAAGGUCCCAUCCCUGACAGAGAGCUCCAAUGGCAGCAGCACGACUGCCAGUUCCAGGAGAAUGGCAUCAAAUGCUUCUCUGCACUCACCGCGGUCCUCUUCAGUGACAAGCAGUGUCACAAAGAAAUUGGGUUCUCGGACGUCAUCGGCGGACAAGGGUUCUUCUGUGUUGAGCCGGAGGAAGAGUUCGACUGCUGAUAGUCGUGACUCACGGUUUAUGAUGCUGCCACAGGUGGAUCUGAAGGCUAGCGAUGAAGUGAGACUGGAUUCAAGAGGUCACAGGGUUCGUAGUCUGAAACAGUUGAGAUUAACACCUAAACUUGAGUUUGUGUAUCUACGGGACAAUCUGUUAUCAAGUUUGGAGGGCAUUGAGAUACUCAACGGCGUAAAGGUUCUUGAUUUGAGCUUUAAUGACUUUAAGCUCCCUGGGUUUGAGCCUCUUGAGAAUUGCAAAGUCCUCCAGCAACUUUAUCUUGCUGGAAAUCAAAUAACUUCACUUGCCAGCCUUCCCGAAUUUCCUAACUUGGAGUUCCUUUCUGUCGCCCAAAAUAAGUUGAAGUCACUCUGUAUGGCCAGUCAGCCUCGACUUCAAGUGUUAGCAGCCAGCAGGAAUAGAAUAUCAACUUUGAGGGGAUUUCCACAUUUACCUUCUCUGGAGAGUUUACGUGUGGAGGAGAAUCCACUUCUUGAGAUGCCACACUUGGAAGCUGCUUUGAUUUUGCUUGUAGGCCCUACUAUGAAAAAAUUCAACGACCGAGAUCUGAAUCCCACCGAGGCUGAGGUUGUGAAGCAAUAUCCUGCUCAUACAGCUAUUUGCAUUCGUGAUGGUUGGGAAUUUUGCUCCCCUGAACUUGCUGCUGAUUCAACAUUCUCCUUCCUGCUUGAGCAAUGGAAGAAUAAAUUGCCCCAGGACUACAUAGUGAAGACAGCUUAUGUUGACCAUCCAUUUGAAGAAGACCCCUGCCAUUGCCAUUUUAGCUUCACAAAUCUUAGUAGUGAAGGUAAACUAGUCCUCAAAUACCAAUGGUUUCUAGGUGGCAAGACACCGACAGGUUUUGUGCCUAUUCCUGAAGAAUUAAGCGAGGUGUACUGGCCGAAGAGUGAGGAUGUUGGAAAAUGUUUGAAAGUUGAAUGCACUCCAGUACUGAAUGAUGCUGAAUUCCCGCCUGUCUUUGCUGUAUCUUUACCUGUUUGUCCAGGGACUGGAUAUCCAAAGGUUAUCAAUCUAACAGUCAGUGGUGAACUAGUAGAAGGAAAUGUACUCAAGGGUGUUCCUCAGAUUGCUUGGUGUGGUGGGACACCAGGGAAAGGUGUUGCAAGUUGGUUGAGGCGAACAUGGAACGGCAAUGCUGUAAUAGAUGGAGCCGAAGGGAUGGAAUAUCAGCUAACUAUAGAUGAUAUUGAUUCAAGUUUGGUAUUUAUGUACACGCCUGUUACGGAAGAGGGCGUUAAGGGGGAGCCACAAUGCACAAUGACAGAUUUUGUAAAGGCUGGCACACCAUCAGUUAGCAAUGUACACGUUGUUGGAGAUAUUGUUGAAGACAACACAAUCAAAGGAAACGGAAAAUACUUUGGUGGCAAAGAGGGACUGAGCAAAUUCCAAUGGUUCAGAGAGAAGGAAAAUGGUGGAUAUCUUCUAGUGCUGUCGAAUAGCACACAAUACACACUAACCAAGGAGGAUGUGGGCUGGUGCCUCAAAUUUGUAUAUACUCCCAUCAAUCUUGAAGGCCAGGAGGGUGAAGCUGCUUUCGCCAUAACAGAGGCAGUACGGAAAGCUCCUCCGAAAGUCUUUGAUUUGAAGAUUAUUGGUGAAGCAAGAGAAGGAAGCAAGGUAUCUGUUACUGCUACCGUCACAGGUGGAACUGAAGUAUCCAGCAGGGUUCAGUGGUUCAAGGCAUCUUCAUCUGAAUUUGUGAAUGACCAUGAGCUUGAAGCCCUUUGUACAUCUAAAGUCUCCAAGACAUUCCACAUUCCUCUUGGGGCUGUUGGAUGUUAUAUUGUUGCAAAGUUUACUCCUGUGGGACCUGAUGGCGAAAUUGGUGCACCAGCCUAUGCUGUAUUAGAUGAUGUUGUGGAAACAUUGCCGCCCAGUCUGAACUUUUUGACAGUCACUGGUGAAUUCUCAGAGGAUCAAAUGUUGACUGCAUCAUAUGGGUAUAUUGGGGGCUAUGAAGGAAAUAGUCUAUACAGCUGGUAUCUUCAUGAGACUGAGGAUGAUGAAGGCAGCCCACUUUCAGAAGCGUCUGGUUUGCUACAAUAUCACAUUAAAAAGGAAGAUGUUGGGAAGUUUGUCUCUUUCAAAUGCAUACCAAUCAGGAACGAUGGUAUUGUUGGUGAGCCAGGAGUUUUCUUGGGAAAUGAUAGAGUUACACCAGGAAAUCCGACGCUACUUUCUCUUGAACUAAAUGGUGAGGCCAUUGAAGGGACAACUAUGGUUGCCAAUAGAAGAUACUGGGGAGGAGAAGAAGGGGACACGAUAUUCUGUUGGGUACUGACAAGUUCUGAUGGAACCUGGAAUGAAAUUGAAGGCGCAACAAGCUCAUCAUACAGCUUGAAAUGCGAUGAUAUUGGCUUCUACGUGUCUGUCUCGUGCGAGCCUGUUAGAAUUGAUGGAGUUCAUGGUUCUUUGGUGUCGACAGAAGCAAUCGGUCCUAUUAUUCCUGGGCCACCGGCAUGUCGAUCACUUGAGCUAGCUGGCUCUAUGCUUGAAGGUGGUCGGUUGACCUCUCAUGCUGAGUAUACUGGAGGUGUUAAGGGAAACUGCAUCCAGCAAUGGUUCAGGUCACAUGAUGAUGGUAGCAAGGAUGAGUUGAUUGCCGAUGAAUGUCUAGAUCUUGUUCUAGCUGAUGUUGAUUGCCGAAUUGAGGUUAUAUUUACACCUGUACGAGAAGAUGGAGUGCAAGGGUCACCCAAGAGUGUUUCUUCGGAUAUAAUCUUACCUGGGGAGCCCAAGGGUGUCAGUCUUGUUAUACCAGAGUGUUUUGAGGACAAUGAAAUUUCUCCUAUCAAAGCCUACUUCGGUGGCAAAGAAGGCACUGGAAAAUAUACUUGGUUCCGAACUACAGAGAAGCUUGAUAACUUGGAACCUGAGCUGGUGGCAUCAUGUUCAGAAGUCGUCGGAGAAACCUUAUUGUACAAACCUUCAUUGGUUGAUGUUGGCUUCUACUUGAUCCUUUGCUGGGUUCCUACACGAUGUGAUGGAAAGACUGGUGACCCAUUGAUGGCUAUCACUGAUAACCCUGUCAUGGCAGCUUUUCCAUCUGUUUUGGAUGUUAACUUGAAGAAGACAAGUUCAGACUUAUACAGUGGAGUAGGCAUUUAUUAUGGUGGAUAUGAGGGAUCAAGCUUGCAUAAGUGGUAUAGGGAAUCUAGUGAUGGGACCAGGAUUUGUAUAGAUGGCGCUGCUUCAAGUACAUAUGAAGUGGCAGAUGCAGAUUACAGCUGCCAUCUGUUGUUUGGGUAUACCCCUGUUCGUUCAGAUGGAGUCAUUGGCGAAGAAAAGUUCUCUGAACCAUCUGAUAUAAUCUUUCCAGAGCAACUCAAAAUCGAGACCCUUUCAUUCAAAGGAAAUCAAGUUGAGAGAGAAACACUUGCUGUAGUUGAACAAAUUCCAAGAAAUGAGACUCAAGAGCAUAUAUGGGGUAACUACAAGAAAGAAAUAAAAUACCAAUGGUUUGCCUCAAAUGGAUCAGGAGUGGACCUGUCUUUUGAACCUUUGGCUACCGAGUGCUCUCCUUCAUACAGAGUACGCUUUGAGGAUAUAGGCCGAUGCCUCAAAUGUGAAUGCAUUGCUAUUGAUGUAUUUGGACGAUCCAGUGAAUCGGUAUCAGCUGUGACCUCCCCUAUUUUGCCAGGACUACCUAAAAUUGAAAAACUGGAAAUUGAAGGAAGAGGUUUCCACACCAACUUAUAUGCUGUUCGGGGUAUCUAUAGUGGUGGUAAAGAAGGCAAGAGCAAAAUUCAAUGGCUUAGGUCAAUGGUUGGAAGCCCUGAUCUUAUCUCCAUACCUGGUGAAACUGGAAGGAUGUAUGAAGCAAACGUUGAUGAUGUAGGGUAUAGACUUGUUGCAAUUUACACACCUGUGAGAGAGGAUGGGGUUGAGGGACGACCUGUUUCUGCUUCAACAGAGCCGAUUGCUGUUGAACCCGAAAUUUACAAGGAAGUAAAACAGAAGCUUGACGACGGUUCUGUCAAGUUUGAGGUUUUGUGUGACAAGGACCGAACACCAAAAAAGGCACAAGUGAUGGGACAUUUGGAGCGGAGAAUUUUGGAAGUCAACAGAAAGAGAAUCAAGGUUGUAAAGCCUGGAUCCAAGACAUCAUUUGCAACUACUGAAGCCCGAGGGACAUACACCCCCCCAUUCCAUGUUGAGCUAUAUCGUAACGAUCAGCACCGUUUCAAGAUUGUCGUUGACGGUGAUAACGAAGUUGACUUGAUGGUUCAAACGCGGCAUAUGCGAGAUCUUGUCAUUCUGGUGAUCAGGGGCCUCGCCCAAAAGUUCAACAGCACCUCCCUCAACUCACUUCUCAGGAUAGAGGCAUGA